UCUGUCCUAGAGGGAGGUCCUGCCAUCUCUUUCAAUGAGACUGCACUGCACCUUCUGAUAAGGCCACUAGGAGGCACUUGAGCCCUGAAGGAGUCAAAGCUUGCCCACAACUGCCAGCCACUUGGAAGGGGUGUGGCCACACAGAAUCUAGGAGGGAAGCAGUGUCUCACUAUGCUAUGAUAGCAAGAGACUUCGACCUGCCCUGGAGAUGAGCUUUUCUUGGUGCUGCUAGACUCUUCGGUUCUUUCUGCAUGGCCAGGGAUCAUACCACAGAAUCUGAAAAUGAGCUAGCUCUUGCCAUGGGGACGCUCAUUCAAGAAGGAUCUGAGAAGGUCUCAUUCACUCUACAUUAGUGGAUGCCAUGGGAAACGGUGCCACAUGAACUCUGCACAUGGCUAGACAAGGUGGACCAACCCAUAAAAGGAAGUCCGUUUUAGAAAGAAGAUGGAGCAAUCCGAUGGCCAAGCAAAGAACAAGACACAAGAGCUCCUUAUAGCCUGGCUCUCCCAGCCCCUAUCUGUCAUCAUUAUUCUGGCCAACAUCUUCCUCAUCUUUGGCAUCCUCUUCAACCGCAAGCUCCAUGGCACCACCAACUGGUGCUUCCUCAGCCUACUCUUUGCUGAUCUGCUGGCUGGGUCUGCCCUUCCAUGUAUUCCUAAACUUGCAACUGAGAUGAAUCUGAAAUAUUAUCCUUGCUUCUUCACCUACCUGACACCUAACUUCCUUUUCCUCUGUUUAUUAGCCAACUUGCUGGUAGUGCACUAUGCCAAGUAUGUGUGUAUCAUCCACCCGUUGCACUACCAAGCUUCCUGGGUGUAUCGGUGGGCUUUUCUCUAUAUACUCCUGGCCUGGACUGCCCCUUUGAUCUUUGCGUGUCUACCACUGGUUUGGAACCAAUGGGGAACAAAUAAAAACUGUUCCUUUAAAUCUGUCUUUCCCAAGCCAUACCUCUACCUAGAGACGUAUGGGUUACUCAUUCCUUCCAUUCUUGCCAUGUCCUUUAUGUGUAUCCAGAUCCUGUGGAUUGCCCGAAAGCAUUUGAAGGACAUUAAGAACCUUCUCCAUUCAGUGACUCAAAGCCAGGCCCCUUCGGAGCUGGAACAGCAACUGGAACUGAGGAAUGUCAAGAGUAUUGCCAGUGCAUCCAUCAUCUUCUUGGUCUGCUGGGUGCCCUACAUUGUUUGCUUGAAUAUCUCUCUGCUAGCUACCACGCCGAGUGUCAGCCAAACCAUUCGCACUAUUGUCACCUGCAUAGGCACUGGCAGUGCAGCUGCAGUACCCAUCAUCCUCAGUUUUGGCAACCACCAGUACACACAGUUUUGGAGGGACUUGGCCACCAAAGUCUGUCAGGGCUGCUGCCAAAGAUGGAGGUGCAAGCAAAAGCAGGCCCAGCUAAAUGCCAGCAUGCCACGUGAGAAUAUUUGCAUGAGAGAGGCACACCUAAGAGAGGCACCAGGAUGACACCUUUUGGGGGGGAUGGGUAUAAAGUCAUCAAGCCCUUCCCAGCAGCAUGGAAAGCCAGGGCAUAAAAGGAACUGAGUGCCCAUCAAAGUGGACUUAAUGCAGAUCUUUGAGUCACUUUUUUCCCUAUAAGCCUGGUGGCUAAAUAACAGAUGGAUUUCUUGCCUCUAGAUGGAGUCUCCGGGAGGAAAUCAAAUUUUUCAGUAAUAAGCAUUCCUUUUGUGUUGAUCCGACACCAUAAUAAGAGAUAAACCAGGUUGUCCCAUCAAGGAUCUAUCUAGUUUCUUCAAGCUAUCUGAACUUAAUAUGGCUUGAUUCAACAGAAUCCUCAGGAUUUUUAUUCUGUGGUUAGCUCUCACCUAGGUAGAACUAGUGCUUUAUAUGGUGACUUGGGCUCUCUGGCAUUAAUAACAAGAACAUUGAGACAGGUUUGAUAAUGGAGUUUGAAAAUGUUACAUAUUGGGACAAUAGCUUCUAGAAUCUCUAAACAAGUAUGUCAGUGAAAGUUAUCAGUCCAAAAAA